AUGAAAUUUGCUAAACAAUUAGACCAGGACGCCGUCCCCGAAUGGAGGGCAAAAUACUUGGACUACAGGCUUGGCAAGAAGAAGGUCAAAGCCGUCGCCAUCGCCAUUACCACCACACUUCAAAGUGUCAACAGCACGCCCCAUGACUCACGACAAUAUCGAAACAAGGACAACGACAGUUCGAAAUACUUAGGGUCCCUAUCUGUGCCACUUCGUACAGUCGGUGUACCAUCAGGGCCCCCUUCUCCAAAGCUCUCUGGUUCAUUUAUAAUUGACCAAGACUUGCAUUGGAUCUCCUCAGCGGGUGACUCGGGAGGCUACAGCCAGGUUACUUAUGAUUUCAUAGCCCCAAAGCUACUGCCAAAUCCCACCCCGCCUCCACCACCUGCUCUGAAACUUUCAAACCCCGCAAUGGAUGAUAGUAUUGAGUUUGAUUCGCUUGAGUGGAGAAGAAUCAGGCUGAAGCACAUUGAGCGCCGAAUCGACCAGAGGAGCAAUUCCAUUCCACCUCCGACCAUUAACUAUGAGUUUAAUACGAUAAAUACUCUACCUCCACCCAACAAGGCUCAUUCUCUAUCUCAAGCCCACAACUUGUUGGCCAGCCGACAUUUCUCUGAUACAAACUCCUAUCCCUUGUCGAAACAUAUACUAUCAGGCAUCCAGCCAUCAAAUAAGCCAUAUGAUUCACUCGAUAUACGGGAUACAACUCUCGGUGCUUACGAACAAUUGGAAUUUAGUCAGGCGGGGUUCUUUGAUUGGCUGGACCAAGAAUUGGCUAUGGUUGAGACGUUUUACGAGAUGAAAGAGAACGAGGCGAGUAAAAAGCUGGAUAAGCUUCGCGCCCAGUUGCAUGAAAUGACAGAUCGGGGGUUGAAAGAAGCCCUGGCCGCUCAGAAGACCUUAGGGGCAGUCACUGAGAUCCUUAGAAGUCACUCCGACAAAAGCACCGAUUCCCUCAAGCAUAUAGACAUGUGGCCUGACACAUCGAAAGUUGCUUUCCGGGACCAACAUCAUAGCGUCAACUCCCGCAGCGGCUUUUUCCAUCGAAAAAACAGAGGAGAUAGAAUCGACUACCGGAGGGCCAAAACGAAGCUUAAGUUUGCGUUAGAGGAGUUCUACCGCGAUCUCCAGCUGCUUGAGUCAUACGCCUCUCUGAAUUAUACUGCAUUUCGCAAGAUCAACAAGAAGUUUGAUAAAGCUGUUAGCGCUCAUAGCUCACUUCGAUACAUGUUUGAAAAGGUAAAUAAGGCUUACUUUGCUCAGAGCAAGGUUUUGAACAGCCACAUGCAAGAUGUUGAGGAUCUAUACGCCCGCCACGUCCAACACGGAAAUCGCAAGAAGACUCUGGAAAAGCUUAGGAAUAGGACCGCACGACCAGGAAACUACUCCGGGAGUAGUUUAAGGUGCGGACUACUGCUCGGCAUUGGUUUUGGCUUCGCAGUUCAGGGAGUUAUGUAUGGUGCUCAGCUGCAGUCGCAUUCAGACCCCACUACUCGGAUAAAGGCAAGCUACUUAUUACAAUUGCCCUGCCUAUUCUUCUUCUUAUUCGGCAUUUUCGUAUGGCUCAAUUUCUCAGGAUACGGAACAGCGCGGAUAUUCCUAUAUUAUCCCAUUAUCCUGGUUGGGCUGACAACGGCCAUUGUGUCAUUUCCAGCCCCUAUCUUGUACCAUCAUAGUCGAAUGCAGUUCCUUUAUUCUCAUUGGCGCUUGCUCCUCAGCGGUUUCUAUCCUGUAGAGUUUGGGGAUUUUUUUCUUGGUGAUAUGUACUGUUCCCUAACAUAUAUGAUGAUGGUUUUCUUCUGCUUAUACUCCAUAAGCUGGGACAAUCCGAACUCGUGUAGGUCCUCGCAUUCUCGCCUCCAAGGUUUUUUCUCCGCGCUUCCUGGAAUCUGGCGUAUAUUUCAGUGUCUCCGCCGUUACUAUGAUACUCGGAAUACAUUUCCCCAUCUCGCCAACUGCGGGAAAUACACCUUCACAAUUCUACAUUACAUGGCCUUGAGUAUGUACCAGAUCGAUGGGAAUCAAACGAAAUUAAUUGUGUUCAUCACUUUUGCUCUAUGCAAUACGUUUUACUCUGACUUAGGUGUAUGCCAACCAAACGCUCGAAAUCCUUUCCUCCGUCAAAUUCUCGGAUACAAAGGUCCGUGGAAGUAUUAUUGUGCCAUGAUCUCGAACGUUGUCUUCAGAUUUAGCUGGGUUCUCUAUGCUCUUCAGACGCGCAAUCUUCAACAUGCUAGCAUUCUCAGCUUCCUUAUUGGGUUUAUCGAAGUUACGCGGCGUGGAAUUUGGAUGCUAUUUAGGGUCGAGAAUGAACAUUGCGCAAAAUUGCGAGCUUCCCGCGAUAUCGCCCUCCCUUACGAUCUGGAAAGCUCACCCUGUGCUGCUGAACACAACAAGCAACACGCCACUUUGGGCGAUAACCGAUACUCCACUGCCGAAACAAACCAGAUACCCCAGCCAGGACCUCCAAUCCACCCCGAUUGCGCGGCUGCUGACGCCACAAUGUCACGAAUCGGGAAGCUGAUCCCAACAGCUCACGAACAGGACUUUGAGCGCAAGAGGUCUAGCUUGGGCGAUAGAGAUACUUCAGAUAAUAUGGAUCAAUGGGAUGAUGAUAAUGACGGUGAUACACAGAAUAUGAUGGACAUGGAAAGUUCCUGGUAUAUACACUGGUAG